AUGGACGCUGCAUCCAGAGUUCUCUCCUUUGCAGGCUGGGCCUUUCUUCCCGGUCUAGCAACGUCCUUCCUGCAAAACUUUUACUACCGUAUCACCAUCCGAGCGGGCUCACCGCACCCUCAACCCGGCUCGUCAUUACACACUCGUCACAACCGCCGUAUCCACGUCGCAGUGAUAAGCAGCUACCUGCUGUAUACCAUCUAUGAAGAGUACCGCAGCCUCCGACUAGCCGGGGACUUUUACAGUCUUCUGGGAGUCCUGCCAACGUCGGAUGAGCGGACGAUCAAGACCCGCUUCCGACGACUGGCCGCAUUGUUCCACCCCGACAAGGCCAGACAGACGUCCACCGCUUCGGCCCUGGGCAACAUGACGGAGGAAGGCGGGGAUGUGGAUGCGUUCUUCGUGAUGCUAAGGCUGGCGCAGGAUACCCUACUCGACCCGGUCAAGAGGUUUGCGUAUGAUCGGUUCGGAGCCGGGGUGGUGGACAGACCCGAAGGCGCAGGCAAGGCGCUGAGCAUGGGCGCAUACUUCUACGAGGGCCUCUUUGCGCUUGUGCCGCAGUACCUGGCCGGCUUCUUGAUGAUGGUUGUGCUGAACAUGUUCUGGUUCUCUGCAUGGGCGAGAUACCUGACGCUGCUUACCCACCCGAACGCAACCUUUAUCCCGUCGGCCUACCUUCCGGCGACGCUGUCCAAGCUGCUGAGGCUGGACACCUUCUACCUUCUUCCGUUUCAGAUGCUGUCCCUUGCGCGGACGGCGUCUGUGACCAUCAACAUCUUCAUAUCACAACUCACCCCUCCGGAGGAAAAGCUGAGGGCAGGCAGAGGCCAGGGCCAGGGCGAGGAAGGGCUGAGCGGACAGACGCAGAGACAGCUGACACGGAUCGUGCAACUGGCUCAGGCACAGGAUGCAGAGGCUGCCAAGCUGCUAGGGAUGGACAUGCUGCCCUUUGCAGGUGACGCAGACCGAGUGGCCAGGCUGCGGCGGGGAAUGAAGGAACGGCUAAGCAGGGACAGCGUGAGGGAGGCUCCAGAGGUACAGCAGGCCGUUCAGACGGUCAUUGGCAGGAGAAACAACAGCCAGAAGGGAGAAGAAGAGUAA